CACUUGCAGUCUGGUCCCAGGAGGGUGGGAGUCUCUUGGGGAAAGGAGGACAGACCUGCACUUCUGGGAGAAUGGGAGAAGUUGGGCAGAUAGUGGUGUUUGUGAUGACUUUCAUCAGCUGCAACGCCCUCCCAGAUCUGUCUGGUGUCCACCAGAUCACAGGCACAUGGAUGGGAUCCACCACUGUACCGUGUACCUACGUGCCUGCAGAGGGUUUCACGCUGCACACGCUGAGCUGGAGUCUGGAGCGGGACUCCAGCGAAUCCACCAUCUUCCUGAGGGACGACUCUGGUGACCACAUCUUGCCAGCCACAUUCCGAGGCCGAGUCAGCGUCCCAAAGCACAGCCCAGGGGAUGCCUCACUCCUCAUUGAGAAACUGGAAAUGCCUGACAGUGGACACUACACCUGCCAAGUUGUCUGGAGAUCUACAGAUAACAGCUUGAUAACAAGAGAGCUGACCACUACAGUUAAAGUUGUCAAAGUGGCAGCCACCAAGCCCAUCAUCAGAGGCGCGGAGCCGGGGCAGGCGCUGCCGGCCGGAGCCAGCGCCAGCCUGAGCUGCGAGGCCAGCGGCUCCCCUCCCAUCAGCUACCGCUGGUUCCGCAGCGGCCCGGCGGGCACGGCCGAGCUCCUGAGCAGCGGCGCUCAGCUGGCCUGGCCCAGCCUGCGGCCCUCGGACAGCGGCACCUACUUCUGCGAGGCGGAGAACAGGGCUGGGGCCGGCGCCGCGCAGCGCAGCGAUGCCGUGCAGCUGACGGUCACAGAUCUGCCCACAACAACAGCGACCUUGCAGAGGAAUGUGGGAACCACACGGGGACACCACUCAACCACAGGUCGGGGUGAGAGCAAUGACAUGGAGCACACAGUGACUGAUCUGGUCCCAACAACGCGGGGGUCCAGGAUGGAUACUGCUCCACUGGGGCCUUUCACAGGCACAGGUUCCCCGCGGGUCGCUCCGUCCCCGCUGCUGUACGGGCCGGCGGCCGCGCUGGGCGGAGCCGCGCUGGGCGCGCUGCUGGCGGCGGGGCUGGGCUGGUGGCGGCGGCGGAGGAAGGAGGAACCUCUCUAUGAAGUUGCUUUCCGCAGCACUGCAGAAGUCGCCCUGCUGCAUACGGAGGGGGAAGUCCCUGCUAAGAGCCUACAGAAGGAAAUGUGCUCUAACACUGAAAAGACCACCAUGAAAGACAGGAAAAGUCCUGAGUAUGAGAACCUUGUGACUGCAAUGGAAUCACAAUAUGAAAUAGAAGGAAUGUAGUAGAGUACCAGCUUUUCAUGCAGGGCUGCAGCACUGAUCUGCUCUGACAAGGUCUGGACACCUUCCUCAGAAGACAUGAAGCCUGGGACAAAGUUACAGAGGAAGAAGACAACAGGAAUUAAGAAAGGGGGAGUGGAUGCCUCAGAUGGACCAGCCCCCAUGUACUCCCUGUUGCCACUGCUUCUAGUUAGGGCAGCAAAAGGACUUUGGUCACAAGUAGAACAGUAGAAACAUUAGAAGCCUGUCUCCAGUGUUGAGGUAUUUUUCUCUGGGCAACAAAUGUGUCAUUAUUUCUUUAUUUUACUUUUGGCGUGUUUUCUAUGUUUCUAGUAAAACCUGUUGGCAAGAGAACAUUUUUCUUCUGAAAGCCA